UAUCCCAACCCACCAUGAGUAUUGUAAUCGCGGUCGCAUUUGCCUGCCUUGCCCUCCUAUCCCUCUACCUCUUUGUCUAUCAACAAUCCCCCUCCCUCUCCCUUCCCCCUGGACCCAAGGGCAAGCCUGUCGUCGGGAAUCUAUCCGACCUGCCACCUCCGGAUACCCCAGAAUGGCAACACUGGAUGAAACACAAAGAGCGUUACGGUCCAAUAACCUCCGUGACCAUUCUCGGCCAACCCAUCAUCAUCCUUCACGAUGCGCACAUAACCACUGAACUUCUCGAAAAACACUCCCUCAAAUACUCUUCCCGACCAAGAUCAGUCUUCCUCGGUGAAAUGAUAGGAUGGAACGACACCCUCGCCAUGCAACCCUACAAUACACGCUUCCGCUUAUACCGUAAAGCCCUGCACCAGAUCCUAGGAACCAAGACCCUAGUAUCGAAGUUCAAUUCACUACAGGAACUCGAAGCGAGACGGCUGUUACGUCGUAUGUUGGAUGAUCCGGGGGAGUGGGUGCAGCAUUUGAAGACGGAAGCUGGCGCCAUCAUCCUCAAAAUCGCGUACGGGUACGACAUCAACCCGCACGGGAGGGACCAUUUAGUCGAUUUGGCGGACGACUCAAUGGAGACAUUCUCAGCAGUGCUGAGUCAGACGUGGAUGGUGGAUUUGGUUCCUGGUUUGAAAUACCUCCCCUCCUGGCUCCCCUUCUCUUUCCAUAAAAAGGCCCAGUCCUGGCAGACCCAGCUCCUCACCACCAUCGAGACGCCGUACCGGAUGGUACGGGAGCAGAUGGAAUCCGGAAUAGCGCCUCCAUCUUACUUGCGCAACCUCCUGGAUACUAAGAAGGAAAAGUCCCUCUCAGCGGAGGAAAAAUUCACAGCCAAGUGGACAGCGGGGUCACUGUACUUAGCUGGGGCUGAUACAACAGUAUCAACCCUCACCACCUUCAUCCUCAGCAUGGCCCUAAACCCCCACAUACAAACCAAAGCGCAAGCUGAACUCGACACCGUCCUAGGCCCUUACACCCUCCCUAAACUCUCCGACAGAGAGAAACUACCCUACAUCAACGCCAUCGUGAAAGAAUCCCUUCGUUGGUAUCCGGUUGCUCCGAUGGGAUUACCGCAUCUGGCCAUAACCCACGAUCCAAACAUCUACCCCCAUCCCGAGAAAUUCGAUCCGGAGAGGUUCCUAGGUGAGAACCCCCAGCCUGAUCCGUCAGGAUGGGUGUUUGGGUUCGGGAGGAGAGUGUGUCCCGGACGGGUGUUGGCGGAUGCGAGUGUUUUUGUGUCGGUUGGGAUGGUAUUAAGUGCUUUGAGGAUUUCGCUGGAGGGUGAGGGGGGAGAGGUGAGGUUUACGCCUGGGGUGGUCAGUCAUCCUGUUCUGGAUGGGGUGAGGGUGCAAGCGAGGAGUCAGAGGCAUGAGGGGGUUAUUAGGGAGGUUUAG